CGGCCGUGGGGCGGGACAGAGGCCUGCUCUCGGCUGCGCGCCCGCUGCGGCCUCCAGCUCCCUCUCUGGCCCGGGCUCCGACCCACGAUGGCUCCCAAAGGCGGCUCGAAACAGCAGUCCGAGGAGGACCUGCUCCUGCAGGAUUUCAGCCGCAACCUCUCGGCCAAGUCCUCCGCGCUCUUCUUCGGGAACGCCUUCAUCGUGUCCGCCAUCCCCAUCUGGUUAUAUUGGCGAAUAUGGCACAUGGAUCUCGUUCAGUCUGCUGUUCUGUAUAGUGUGAUGACCCUCGUAAGCACUUACUUGGUAGCCUUUGCCUACAAAAAUGUGAAAUUUGUUCUUAAGCACAAAGUAGCACAGAAGAGGGAGGAUGCUGUUUCCAAGGAAGUGACUCGAAAGCUGUCUGAAGCCGAUAAUCGGAAGAUGUCUCGGAAGGAAAAAGACGAAAGAAUCCUGUGGAAGAAGAAUGAAGUUGCUGAUUAUGAAGCUACAACCUUUUCCAUCUUCUAUAACAACACCCUCUUCCUGGUCUUGGUCAUUGUUGCUUCCUUCUUUAUCUUGAAGAACUUCAACCCCACAGUGAACUACAUUUUAUCCAUAAGUGCUUCAUCAGGCCUCAUCGCCCUCCUGUCUACUGGCUCCAAGUAGACCGUGUCAGCAUUGCCCCCGGUGUUGUGUCUCUGGGUGGCCUGUGGGCCGUGGAAAAGUAGCAGGUGGCCAGCGUGGGGGACACACACGAUGUUUUAUAGUCUGGAGGUUGAGGGUUUGAAAAACCAACAAAAUGUAAUUCAGUAUUUGUUUAUUGGCUCUAUUUUGACAGAUUGUUGAAAUUAAAUGAAAGGGAAACUCAGAGUACCAGGACAUUUAUUAAAAGACAAAAAUUCUCUCUCAAUGUACUAUAAUCACAAGAGGAGAAAAUAACUUGUUUCUUUAAUCUGUCAGAGGUCACAGUAACCUGGAGUGAGCUGUUAUUAUUUAUAAUAGUAGCAAGAAGUUAAAAACUGGUUCUGUAUGUUCCAAGCACAAUAUUACAACUUUUUUGAACCAUAAAUAUCAGAAUGAAUUUUUUCCCCUUGGGAUUGAACAGAAGCCUCAUGUUUACAAGUCUCUGAACUGUGAUUUGAAAUAACUGAAUCCAAGUUAAAAACACGGUUUCUCCAACUUGGGGAAGAAAAACUUGUGGAAAAGUUCUUUUUUUUUAAAGAAGAAAGGCAGCCAGGGUAAUAACCUAAAAAUAGCGUGCACACACGAGAGUUGUCCUGUGGGUUAAAGCACACAGUGUUCAGCGGUGGGGCUCUGACCUGGUAGCCAGGGAGGUCAGCGUGACCCUGCUGUGUUGGUUUGCCCUGUUAAGAGGCUGGAGCCAUUGUUUUCCCUGAGCAGAGUCUCACACCAGUGGAGGAAUGUUGAGUAAGAGAGAGAACCACUUUCCUGAAUAUCGACCUGUCAAAGACCGAAGUAAAUUUUGUUCCAGAAUUCUAAGAACACUUUAAGGAGUUACAGUGGUUUUAGUGCUUGUUAGCAUUUUUCCAUUAGGACUUUUAGUAAAUUUGACCCUUUGGUCCACAGGUCCUCAUAGAUUGUGAGACUCUCUUCAGCCCUUGAGGGUCCAGCCAAGAGCGGUCUCUUGCAUUUUUUAACGAAUGUAUGUGCAGAUACUAUCGUUUUCUGUGUGUGCCAUGAUUUAAGAAAGUUGGGAAGGCUCUUCUUGAACCUGUAUCCACUUAAAAGGUUAUGGAAUCACAGGUGACAGUCGGUUUCACAUUCCUGUUAACUUCUGACCACAUCUAGUAAUUUCCUACAAGCAGUACGUCAAAGGAAAUAGCACGUUACUAAUGCCUAAUCUUAACUUUAAUCUUUGGUUUCCCCUUCUAAAUUUAAGAUGGAUGUUGCAAAUAAUAUUCGCUGUUUUACUUAAAAGUUUAUAGAAAGGUAUUCGUCAAGAGUUCAUCUUCCACUUGCAUGCUGUUGCAUGUUCUGUAAGGCCACAUCCACGAACUUGGAAGGAAGAGGAGGGGCAGGAGUACAUUUGCAUAGCGACCCGGAUUGUCUCCAGUUGAGCGUUCUAUCUCUCAUAGCUCCUAGAAGUUUGCGGUUCAUCCUUUGGUGCGUUAUCCAUUUGCCGUCACUAGGUGACACGGAGUGAGCGGGGAAGUCAGCAGAGAUGUGCUGAAGGGUAGUCUCACACGUAAGAGCUUUUUAGUUAUUUUAACUUUUUUUUCCUGUCAAUAAAUAAUGAGGUCAGUAGUUUGAUGGUGGCAUGGGGUUUGUGUACCAAAUGCAUUUGCUUACUUGACAAAAUGACUCUGACAAACCAUCAGUGUGGACUGUUUGUUACCAGAGCUGGGCCAAGUACCUUUUUAAAUAGCUGGUAAAAACAUUGUCGCUAGAUGGCAGUGCCUGUAUGGAUGGGGGAAAUUGCCGCCAUUCUCUAAUACAGUGUAGCUGAGACGGGGUGGUGAGAUGGGGCAUCAGCUUAAUACUCUUCAAAGAAUUUCUUUUGACUUAAUAAAUUGAAUAAUUUGUAGAAAAGCAAGUAAGCAAAAUUGGGUUUUGGUCCUGAAUUUUUCCUAUAGCACUUUUUGUUUUUAAUCCUGAUAAUGGUUUUUGGCUUUCUGUGCCCUGUUAAGUGUUAAAGCGUAUUCUCACAGUCCACAGUCUCGAUGACAGAUAUACUGCACCGGGACUUAGGCUCAGGACAUGCAGAAGAGCGGAACGGCAGCGUGGCACGUGGAAUUAGGAUGUGCUGAAUCUGGUUCAGGGAAGAAAAACCUGCUGUGGUAGAAUUUUUAUCCUAAAAAGACCCUGUUAUCUAACACCGUCCGGUAAAGGGGUUCUGCUACAAUUGAGGUGCAAAGUGGUUAAAUUCCUAUUUUUUCACACUCCUGUGAUAAGUGGAGGCUUAAAGGGUUGGAACAUUUACAUUUCCCUAUUUUUAGUUUCCUCAUUUACAACUGAACAAAACUUAAUAAAAAUCUCCGAUUAAAAUUAGCCAGUAAAAAUUUACUGGUAGUCCUAUUUGGUGUAUUAUUCUAUCGUGGAAAGAGUAAUUUGAAACAAGGUUUGAAGUUAACUGAAAGAUGGAGGUUGGAUUCAUACCCAAAAUUCUUGUGGAAGGUCUUAUUAAGUAUCAUUAAACUUUGAUUUUUUAAAUUUA